CCUAGCUGUGCUGACUCACAAGCUCAGAAACAGACACCAUGGUGCACCUGACUGAUGCUGAGAAGGGUCUGGUUACUGGCCUGUGGGGAAAGGUGAACGCUGAUGAAGUUGGAGGCCAUGCCCUGGGCAGGCUGCUGGUUGUCUACCCCUGGACCCAGAGGUUCUUUGAGAGCUUUGGAGACCUGUCCACUGCCGCUGCUGUCAUGAGUAACGCCAAGGUGAAGGCCCAUGGCAAGAAGGUGAUUACCUCCUUUAGUGACGGCCUGAAACACCUGGACAACCUGAAGGGCACCUUCGCCAGCCUGAGUGAGCUGCACUGUGACAAGCUGCACGUGGAUCCUGAGAACUUCAAGCUCCUGGGCAAUAUGAUUGUGAUUGAGAUGGCUCAGCACCUGGGCAGUGAAUUCACCCCCUGUGCACAGGCCGCCUUUCAGAAGGUGGUGGCUGGAGUGGCCAAUGCCCUGGCUCACAAGUACCACUAAGCCUUCUUUCCUGCUGUGGCCCAUGCACAAAGGUUUUGUGUCCCCUGGAGAACAGCUAUCAAUUGUGGGGAAAAUGAAGGAGGCCUUUGGGCAUCCAGCUUUUAUCUAAUAAAUGAUUGUUUCAUUGCCA